AUGGCUUCGCGAGAAGCUCAGAAAGAGCUGAAUAUCCGUCAAUAUUAUACGGAACUCAACAAAUUUGGGCAAGCUGGAGAAUAUGAUAAAGCUGUAAAAGCAUCCAAUAAAAUCUUGAGCAUUGCACCAGAAGAACUUAAAGCAGCACAAUGUAAAGCUGUUUCAUUGAUUCAGCUGUCAAAGUUUGAUGAAGCUUUAAAAUUUGUCGAAAAAUGCCCAAAUGUUCAGGAAUUAGUUUUUGAAAAGGCUUACUGUGAAUAUCGCCUUAAUACACCAGAAAAGGCAUUAAAGACGAUUGAGAAUUCCAAGAUUAACCCACUUCCACCAAAUUUGAAGGAAUUAAAGGCUCAAGUGCUUUAUAGAUUGGAACAUUAUGAUGAUAGCUAUAAUUUGUAUCGAGACAUAGUCAAGAAUUCUACAGAUGAUUAUGAGGAAGAACGAACAACGAACUUGUCUGCUGUUGCUGCUAAUUUGGCUAUUCAAGGAACUGAUAAGAAAUUGCCCGAUUUCCGUGAAAAUACCUAUGAAUUGGUAUAUAAUUCAGCUGUUGCUUUAUCUGGAACUGGAAAGUAUACAGAAGCUGAAAAGAAAUUAGUAAUCAGCGAAAAGAUGUGCCGUGAAUUCUUAGAAGAGGACGAAACAAUGACAGAAGCGGAUAUUGAGAAUGAAUUAGCUAUUAUUCGUGUACAAUUGGCUUACUGUCUUCAAAUGCAAGGAAAAGGCAAAGAAGCUGCCAUCAUUUAUGCUGAAACAUUAAAAAAUAAGCCUAAUGAUCCAGCACUUGUGGCUGUUGCAUCCAAUAAUUCAGUUGUUAUCAACAAGGAUCAAAAUGUCUUUGAUUCAAAGAAGAAAAUUCGUGCUGCAAUGGUUGAUGCUGUUGAGCAUAAGCUGAAUAAUCGUCAGAAGAAAUCUAUUGCUGUCAAUAACUGUAUCUUGGCACUUUACACGAAUCAAGGAGAUUUAGCUCAACUUGUCAACAAGCUUGUUCUUAAAUAUCCUGAUUUAGAAUAUCAAGCAAGUUUAAUCCAGACUUGUCAGUAUAUGAAAGACAAGAAAUAUAAGGAAGCAUCUGAAGUUUUGGAAAAGUUUGUUGCUAAAAAUCCAAAAUUAUCUUCAGACAUCAAUUUCGCAUUGAUCCAAUUACAUCUUAUGUCUGGAAACAAAUCUAAGGCAAUUGAUGUCUUACAAUCAUUGGAUAAUGACCGAAAAUUCAGUCCAGGCGUUGUUUCAGCACUUGUUUCGCUUUAUUUAGGCAGCAAUGAUAAGCAAGCUGCUUCUGAAGUUCUUAAAAAUGCUGUCGAUUGGUAUAAAAACAAUAAGAACAAAACUGCUGGAGAUUUAUCUGACAUGUGGAGACAAGCUGCUGAUUUCCAUUUGAGAGGUGGCGAAGCUGAAACAGCUGCAAAGAGUUUGGAGGAAUUAUUCCGUUCAAAUCCAUCAGACAUGAAGAUUUUGGCUCAGUUAGUCAUUGCUUAUGCCCAAUUUGAUCCUAAAAAGGCACAAGAAGCAUCAAAGAAAUUACCAGCACUUGAAACAUUGACAACUCAAGCUGAAAUUGAUGAAUUGGAAGCAACAAACUGGAUGAUGAUUGCAAAGGCAGUAAAGAAGAAGACUGCCAAGUCUGAUCAAUCACCUGGAACUCCAGGAAGUGACUUAACUCAAAAGAAGAACAAGAAAAAGAAGCGAAAGAACAAGUUGCCUAAAUAUUUCGAUGCAAAUGCUAAGCCAGAUCCAGAAAGAUGGUUGCCUAAACAAGAACGAACUGGAUAUAGAAAGAAGAAGGAUCGUAGAGUAAAGGAAGUUAUGAAAGGAUCACAAGGAAUGGCUUCAGGACAGGCUGAUCAAUUUGACAUGACGAAAGCUCAAAAUCUCGGCCAAAAUGUUAAAACACCAACGAAUCGCGAAGAGGUUUUAGGACCAAGACAACAGCAAAGAAAGCAUCAGCAAAAGAAGAAGAAGGGUAAGCAUUAA